AUGGACAGCGAUGAGUUGAAGCUUGCGGACGACAGCUCUGCGCGCGCAGAGACGGAGGAUCCCGAGGGCGAGGAGGACCAGUCGCCUCCCUCCAUCCGCGGGCGCGACAUCACGCUGACACUGAGACUUCUCUCGGGGCGUGAGGUGCAGAUCAGCAUCAAUGAGGAUGCGACCAUGGCGGAGCUGCGUCGGUAUAUUGAGAAGACACUGGCCCUGCCAGCGCACCUCACACGGCUGUACCGCGGCCAGGAACAGGUUACGGCGGGCUACGACAGCACGCUCGAGAAAGCAGGGAUUGAAGAGGAGUGUGUGCUCACAGUGGUGAGUGUCGUCAGCGAGGAGUUCGAAGAAGUGACCUUGGAAGGCUUUGGUCAGCAGCUUCUUCCCGCGCGCCUCCGCAAGGUGAAGUUAUCAGGCGCGUGUGCCUUCUGGCGGCACUACACCUUUCGGGAUGCCAUGUUGGGGGACAAGAUCUCCAUCAGGUGCGUCAAGCAGGCCUUCUCUGACGAGGAGUGGGCUGGGAAUCUCGUGAAGGAGAUCUACUUGCUCCAACACUUCAAGCACGAGAACAUCUUGAAGCUGUUGGACGUGCCGCCCGCCUUCGAGGACUUCAACGACAUCUGUAUCAUGGUAGAGCACAUGGACAUCGACCUGGCGUCGGUUCUUAGGAGUUCACAGGAGCUCACCGAGGAGCACUGCCAGUACCUGACGUAUCAAAUCUUGAGGGCGUUGAGCUACAUGCACUCCGCCGGCGUGAUUCAUCACCAGCUGAAGCCUCGCGUCGUCAUGGUGAACAAGAACUGCCAUGUGAAGCUGACGGACUUCUUGGACGCCCUGCCUGCAAACGCAGUGCACUUCGACGACGGCGACCACAAUCGCUGGUACCGGGCCCCUGAACUGAUCCUGAACCAGGAUUGGACGACUCUGAAGUUGAGCGGGGCUUGCGACGCCUGGAGCGUCGGCUGCAUCCUCGCCGAGAUGUACCAGCGGAAGCCGCUGAUACAAAGCCGAGAUGCCGUGAUACACGUCCAGAGCAUCCUCAAACUCCUCGGAGCGCCGAAGGAAGACGAGAUGGAAUGGGUGACCAAUUUGAAAGCGCGAGAAUUCGUUGCUCGGCAGUCCGAGCUGCUCCCGGCCAUCGAUCCCGGCACCUGGACGGCCCCCUUAGGUCUGGCCGAGACCAGUGGAAGUUUGGUGAAGGGCAUCAAGAGGCGGCUGGAAGCAGUUGUGGCGCAGCCCCGCUUCCGGCAGCGCUUGCUGUCUGACCAGGGGGUGCUUGAGAACGAUGCUUUUCUGGAGCUGCCGCAGACGCUGCAGCUGGUGAUCGCCAAUUUCUCGGACGAUGCCGAGCAAGCGCGCCUGCUGGUGACAGCUUGUGCGAGCGACCAGACAGAUGACGCGGAGCGUUGCUUGCAGCAGCCGGUCGAUCCGGACAGCGUCAAGGACGGCCUGACGGCAUUGCAAACAGCUGCCCUCAACAAUGCCGAUGGCUGCGGCGAGCUUCUACUGGAGGCUCGCGCAUCGGUUGAUCUCGGGAUGCAGACCAACGGCGCGACACCUCUCUUCAUUGCCAGUGAGCAUGGCUCUCUGUCUCUGGUCCAGAUGCUCAUCGAAGCGCGCGCGAACGCCAACGCGGCGAUGAGCACCGACGGAGCCAGCCCUCUUCUCAUCGCCUCCCAAAACGGGCACUUGGAAAUCGUGCGCGUGCUGCUGGAAGCUGGCGCAGACAAGGACUUGGCAAGGACAAGCGACGGCCACACGCCGCUCCACAUGGCGUGUCAUUUCGGCAUGGUCGAGAUGAUGCGCUUCCUGAUUGGUGUGGGUGCCAACGAGCAUGCAGUAGCGUCCGAUGGAGCCACUCUUUUGUUCACUGCUUGCGAGUUUGGCGAGACUGAAGCGGCACACUUCCUGCUCGAAGCACGCGCGGACCCCGAGAAGGCAAAGGCAAACGGUGCGACGCCGCUGUUUGUUGCGUCUGAGAAUGGUCACGUGAGCACGGUGCGCGAACUUUUGGAGGCACGAGGGGACACAGACAGAGUGAUGGCAUCAGAUGGAGCUACUCCUCUUUUGAUCGCAGCUCAAAAUGGCCAUGACGAGGUGGUGAGCAUACUUCUGGCAGCAGGUGCGGACAAGGAAACGUGCAGAACCAGCGAUGGGUCAACUCCCCUAUUCAUGGCGUCCCAGUUUGGGCAGUUGGCAGUUGUCCGCAUGUUGGUUGAACGUGGCGCCAGCGCCAACUGCAGAAGGACGUUUGACGGCGCGACGCCGCUUUUGAUCGCCUGCGAGAACGACUACUUGGACGUGGUGCGGUGGCUUCUGGAUCAGAACGUCGAUGUGGAUCAGGCCAAGCAACACGGCGCCUCGGCUUUGUUCAUCUCCUGCGAGUUCGGGCAUACUGACAUUGUGGAGCUGCUGCUCGGCCGACGGGCCGACAUAUUCAAGAGCAUGAGCAGUGAUGCAGCCAGUCCGGCUCUCAUCGCGGCCCAGAACGGCCACUUGCAAGCACUCCAGAUGCUCGACAGGGCCGGCGCUGACAUGGGCGCUGCCCGGAGUGACAACUCGACGCCCUUGAUGAUGGCUUGCCAGUUUGGGCGGCUUGACGUUGUCCGUUUCUUGGUUCAAUCUCGCUGCGAUCCCGGACAGCUCAGAACGAGUGAUGGGGCAACAAGUCUGUUUGUUUCAAGUGAGCACGACCGUUGGGACACAGUGCGCUUUCUGCUCGAAGCACGCGCCGACCCUGAGCAGGGAAAGGCAAACGGUGCGACGCCGCUGUUUGUUGCGUCCGAAAGCGGUCAUUUGCGCACGGUGCGCGAACUUCUGGAGGCACGAGUUGACACGGAGAGAGCUAUGACGUCGGAUGGAGCUACUUCUCUCUUGAUCGCAGCUCAAAAUGGCCAUGACGAGGUGGUGAGCAUGCUUCUGGCAGCAGGUGCGGACAAGGAAACGUGCAGAACCAGCGAUGGGUCAACUCCCCUAUCCAUGGCGUCCCAGUUUGGGCAGUUGGCAGUUGUCCGCAUGUUGGUUGAGAAUGGCGCCAGCGCCAACUGCAGAAGGACGUUUGACGGCGCCACGCCUCUUUUGAUCGCCUGCGAGAACGACUGCUUGGACGUGGUGCGGUGGCUUCUGGAUCAGAACGUCGAUGCGGACCAGGCAAAUGCCGCUGGCACGACGCCACUCCGAAUGGCCGAGGACUUGGGUCAUGAGCACCUCAAGCAAGUCCUCCUAGCAGCCAGGGACAGGUGA